UCCUGGAGGAGGAGGAGGGAGAGGAGGAAGAGGCGCAGAUGGAGGCAGGAUCCUGACCUCCACCGGGAUCAGCUCACCGGGCUGCGGGAUGCGCCGUUAAAGCAUCAAAACUGCGCCAGAAACAGAGAACCAGCUGCGCUCCGGCUGGACUCCCGGUUCUGUGCGUUAGUCACCGCCGCAGUCGGACUUUUGGCGCCGUUUCUGGCGGAACCGGUGCGGAAUGAGUGAAACCGGCGCAGUGGAAACGGAGAAACGUCGCUGCAGCGCCGGCGGAUUGUCUGGGACGGACCCCGCUUCACCGACUCUGACCCGAUCCUGAAUCAACAUGUACGCGGGGAGGAAGCGCAGAAAACCGGCGCAAAGAGGAGUUAAACCCGUUCCCACUGAGGGAACCAAAACCAACCCCUCCAAACGGCACCGCGACCGGCUGAACUCAGAACUGGACCGGCUGGCCAGCCUGCUGCCCUUCCCAGAGGAGGUCAUCUCCAGCCUGGACAAGCUGUCCAUCCUGAGGCUCAGCGUCAGCUUCCUGCGCACCAAGAGCUUCUUCUCAGAGGCGUUGAAGCAUCAACAUCCCAAUGGCAUCAGCAAGAGCAGCGAUGGAAACGGCGGCGGCGCAGAGGGCGGCUUAUCAGAGGGCGAGCUUCUGCUUCAGGCUCUGAACGGCUUCGUGUUGGUGGUCACAUCUGAGGGAAACAUCUUCUUCUGCUCUCACACCAUCCAGGAUUACCUGGGCUUCCAUCAGACUGAUGUGAUGCACCAGAGUGUGUUUGAGCUGAUCCACACUGAAGACCAGCAGGAGUUCAAGAGGAACCUGCACUGGGCCCUGAACCCCCCAGUCAGCCUGGAGCCCCCCACUGAUCCAGCAGGUGAAGAGCUGACGUCUUCCUGCCCGGUGAGCUACAACCCCGACCAGCUUCCACCGGAAAACUCCUCCUUCCUGGAGCGAGCGUUCGUCUGCCGCUUCCGCUGCCUGCUGGAUAACUCCUCUGGCUUCCUGCCGCUGAGCAUCCAGGGCAGACUGAAGUUCCUCCACGGUCAGAGUCGGCAGAGUGGGAGCAGCCCUCCUCAGCUCGCCCUGUUCGCUGUGGCAACGCCGCUACAGCCUCCUGCCAUCCUGGAGAUCCGGACCAAGAACAUGAUCUUCAGAACCAAACACAAACUGGACUUUACGCCGAUGGCCUGCGACGCGAAAGGGAAAAUCGUUCUGGGUUACACCGAGGCUGAGCUGAGGAUGCGAGGAUCCGGCUACCAGUUCAUCCACGCCGCUGACAUGAUGUACUGCGCUGAAAACCACAUGAGAAUGAUAAAGACGGGCGAGAGCGGGCUGACCGUCUUCAGGCUGCUCACCAAAGACAACCGGUGGAAGUGGGUCCAGGCCAACGCCCGACUCGUCUACAAGAACGGGAAGCCGGACUACAUCAUCGCCACCCAGAGGCCUCUGGCGGAGGAGGAAGGAGGAGAACACCUGAGGAAGCGAUCUAUGCACCUUCCCUUCACCUUUGCCACCGGAGAGGCUCUCCUGUACCAGACCAGCCACCCGCUGCACGGAUUCCCUGAUUCCUCCCACGGCAAAGCCAGAGGCAGCAAGUCCAAGAAGGGCAAAGUGGACAAGAGUUCCUUGGAUGAACUGAAGCCCAACUCACUGCUGGGGGCGCUGAUGAGUCAGGAUGAGUCUGUGUACGUCUGCCAGCCGGACGCAGAGUCUCGGACGUUGUAUCAUGGCAGCAGUGCUGCCGAGUCCGAUAACCUGUUGAGCAGCACCAGCUGGAAUAUCGUCUCCAACCGGGAGAUGGGGACAUGCAACGGAGACAGCUUUGACCCUCUUCUGUCGACGUUGGACUCUUUGUCACUGGACGGAGAGGAAACCUGCUCUAACAGUGAGCUCUUCAGUGCUCUGGAGAGUCUGGGCCUAAACGCAGACGACCUGGAGCUGCUCCUGCUGGAUGAGCGGAUGAUGAAGGUGGAGCUGGACCCCAACCGCGUUCCCACUCUGACCGACCUUCUCACCAAUAACGAGAUCCUCACUUACGUCCACGACACUCUGCAGAGUGAGAUGGAGAACGAAGUCCCGUCUUCAGACCCUGACUCCGCCGUGACCCCGACUCAGCCAUGUUUGAUGCCUGAAGCCGCUUUGGACGGCGCCGCCUUCAGGCAGCCCAUCGUCCAGCUGUCGCAGCAGAUGCAGCAGCACAUCCAGGCUGCCUCGCAUCCCGUCGAGAAUCCAGCUGGUUUAUCUGACAGCCUCUGGGUGGACCACCAUCUUCAGACCCCACUAACUGGUCCACAGCUGGACGCUGAGCGUCUAAACCCACAUCUGGAGUCAGCAUGGCAACUGCAGAUAAACACCGAGAGCACAGCUUCAUCGAGCUUCCAGAACGGAUCUUACCUUCCAAACCAGAACACGACUUUCCCCUUGAACCUGAACAUUAGCGUCCCAGAUUACUCUUUAGACGCAUGCACCCCUCUGCUGAACGGCGAGGCGACGCUGGGUGUGCAUCAGCAUCAGGAUGGGAAGACCACAGCGGCCACGCCCACACAUCUGGGCCAGCAGAAACAGAACCCAGCUUCCUGUUUGUCCCACGGAGCGCCGCAUCUGGAGCAGCAGCGGCGCGGCGUGUUCGGCCCCGCAGCAGAGGGGAAGGUGGAGAACGGCUGCCUCCUCAGCGCCGCCAAUGUCGGGUACGUCCGGACGUGUCUAAUUCCUGGUCCAAAUGGAGUGGAGGCUGAUGAAGUCUCCAACUUACAGGAGGCCCAGAAGUCUGGAUUCUUCCUCUGACCGGACAGAGCAGGACAGAGGUGGGACAGACGUCAGCGUUUUAGGGAAUGAUCAGGAACUUUGGACCAGAUCAUUUUCACAACCAUGGUUCUGAUGUCUCAUCUCAACAUAAACCUGCUUUAGUCAGGAGGAAAGUCCAGGAGAAGACCUCUUUCACUGAGUCUGUCCAGAGUGAGGGGACAUCCCGAAUCAGAUGUCCUCCACUCAGAGCAACUGCUGGAAGGUUUGAGGUUCUCUCUCCUCGUUACUGCUGCUUCUAUCCCACCUUUUAAGAUUAAUAUCCUCUUAUGCAAACAGAUGUUAGUUUAAUAUGAGCGCAGUCUGAGAUAAUCUGCAAAGCUCAGAGUCAGAGAGCAUUUAAAUCGUCUAAACAAGAAGCUUUAGUCAAGAGUUUAAUGUCGUCACGUGGUGCAAACACGGGCAGGAGAUAAACCGUCUUCAUGGCCUAUCAGAAGAAAACUGGACCACAAUCUGCAGUAUUUUAAAUGAAAGUAUAUGUAGUAUUUUCAAGAACAUUAGGUGUUAAAUUAAGAAGAGAUUUAAGCAGAAGGCUAAUGAGAUGACUUAGAUGUUCUGUGGAGACGCAGUCAGAGAAACGGGAGAAAAUCGAAAAGCAUUUGUUUGUUUGGUUUCCAAACUGGAGGCGUGAACAGAGCUCCAGUUAAUGCCUUUCCUGGAAACAAACACCUGCCGAGUGGCAGAAAACCCAACUGCACUCACAGCCUGGGCAGCCAGGAGGACCGAACUGUAAAUACGUUUUCUGCUUUUUGUUUCCAUGAGUGUUGAAUUGACAACAGAGAGCACAUAAAACACUGACCGGCUCUACGGGUUCUGUUCAGUCAGGGUAAGAAAUUAAUUACACCCGCUUUUAACUUUAGAAUAUGUUGAUUGAGGUUUGAGGGUCUGACCACAGCACUGGUUGAGGUGUAGACUUUAACUAGGCCAUUUUAACACCUUGAUUCUUUACUUUUCCAGCUGUUCUGCGUAGAUUACAGACAUGCUCACAUUUGACUUUGGAAAAGCAUAUCCUGAAAACUAACGCAGGGUGCACUUUCCUUUUGAAUUGACUGUAUUUAAAACCAAGAUGUUUCUGUGCUACAUUCUGGUGCUACUUUAUCAGCGGUUAAAGCUGGAGGCUCAAACCAAACCCUGAGGAAGACAACGCCGUCAGAGCUCCUCUUCUCUGAAGUGAAGAGUCUCUGUUGGUUACCGUUUCCAGUCCAAGUGAAUCUGGAGUUACCAAACAGCCAGAAGGAGGUGGUCCAGUCAAAUAUGCAGAGCUACUCCAACAUUUACUGCUCUGAAAGAUGCGCAAACCGUCUGGAAGUUUCAAAGAUGUGUCUUGGUUUUCUGGCACAAACUCCACUUUUAGGUAUGUUCAGCUUGGUUAAGAUCAGAGCCUUCGGUGGACAUUUCCAAACGAUAAGAUUAGCAUUAAACCAGUCUGGACCGGUCUGGAUCAUUGACCAGGAGCAACACAAAACCUUGUAUCCAUCCCAACUUCCUCUGAACAAACCUCUUAUUGUGACCAAACAGCUGAAUCGUUUUCCUUGCCUGACCUUCGACCUUUGUCUGGAUGGCUUCUUGCAGCAGGAACUCUGUUUGUUGGCAUCUUUCAGUCCAUCUCUAGUGUUUCUACAGAUGUGGUUCACAUCAGAUCAGAUGUGUCUUCGGACGGGAGCCGUUUGGGUUCAGAUCUUUGGGUUCAAACUGCCAUUCAGUAGAACCAGGUGUGAACAGCCUAACGCCCCAGCAGUGCUGCUGCCAUGUUUCCUUCCUCCCACUGUGACGGACCAGACACGCUGCUCCUGAGGAACCGCAGAGUCCGUCACCCGGCCAUCUUCUUUCUGACUCGGAAGCUGGUUCUGUACCGAGACGGGUCGGCGUUUAGCAUUUAGCACCAAGUCGGAAACCAAAACUCAGAUUCUGAACAGGGAGUAGAUCCGGUGUUGAAUGUUCUCAGAGUUUUUACGUGACAGGAAGUCGGUGCUUCAGGGCAACCAGCUGACGACAAUCAAUACGACAACAACAGGCAUUUAUUGAUCUGCCUCGUUUGGUUUAUUGCUUUUAUACUUUAGUCAUUUUUCAUUUAUAAAGCAGAUUAUUUAAGAGCACUUAUGAGAUCAAAUGCUGUAUGAAGACAAAUUAUAAAGCAAAGCAUCGUUUUCAAAGAGGCUGAAACAGGAUGGUUGUGUAUGUGUGUGUCAAGUGUUUGGAAAGGUGUUUAUGAUCACUGUGCUUACAAACUCUCCCCAGCACUGAAGGAACUAAAAAAAAGCAUUUUAUUAUGUAGAAAUAUUGUUAUAGUGUUCUGGUUUUAUGUUUUGGGGAGUUUGUCACUUUAGCUGAAACAAAAAUGGUGCCAUAAGAGUGAGCCGAAGCUUGCUUAGUUCAGUGUUUCACAAUAAAAAGGGCACAAGAGCAGCAUUUUAUGUGUUAAAAUGUGUUUUCUGAUGUUCUUCAAACCCACUUUGUCCGGCUGUUAAUGAAACCAAACUUUCCUCACACCGUUUUGUCCAUGUUAGCUCAUUUAUUUUGCAACCUUUCUUCACUAAACCUCGUAGUUGUUUGUCAGACUUUUGUGAAAAAGAAAAAAAAUGCAGUUUUUCUCUGAGAUGAGUUUCGAAAUGUGCUCUGAGAUGCUGGAAAUAAAGGAUUUUGUGCAACCACA